CAGCAACUAAAUUGGACAGCAAAUUGCUCCAGGACCCAGGAGAGUUUUUCGAUGGUCAUUAUCCUUCUCGGUUUCUCCUAUAUUAUUCUUAUUUGCUGAUUUGAACUGACCCUGUAUCACCCGUCCCGAGCAAUAACAAUGAUCCCUCUGAGACACCCUGGCUGCCAUUCGCCGUGAGAUGACCUUACAUUUCUUGUUGCAGGGGCUUCAAGAUCGCUCCUGUUAUAUGAGAAGCAUAUUCUGAAAUUAUCUGCGAUUAAACCACCAUGCGUCCGUCCUCCGACUAUCUAAACCCUCACGACCACGCCAGCAUCGCCGGCGAUUCUGGCUCGGACGACGACCUUGACUUGGAGGAGCUAGAUCCAAGCACGACGACAGCCCAUCGAUCCCCACAAGCCUCCAGAGAUGAUGCUACGAGACAAAGAGGAUACGGGCCAGGAAUUGCACUGAGGAAUUUGCGGGUGGGCGUGGGAAAUAAGAUGUGGAAACGGAGUGGCUCUGGCCUACACCGCAGCAACUCGGAUGAAGACACAAAUGGUCUGCUUGAAGAUCAAGACGAAGAUGGGCUGCGACAGUCACGACCGGACUCUGGGAACUUCGCCGAUGAUGAUGCGCCUCUGCUUCACGACCGCAGACGCAGUUCGGCUAAGGACGCAGAGCCAGUGACAAAGAGGGGCUCUCGACUACGAUUUCCUAGCUUCAAAGUCAACAAUUUUUUUUCUGGCGCAUCGAGUCGUCUGGCGAAAAAUAACAAUGAGACGAAGCCUCCGCGCGAUGUGCUCGUGGGCCAAUCCCAGCGAUCUAAAUAUCCACCAAACAUUGUUUCGAACGCGAAAUAUACACCUUGGAGUUUCCUCCCGCGAACGCUGUACAACGAAUUUUCCUUUUUCUUCAACAUUUAUUUUCUUCUUGUCGCCCUUUCGCAAAUCAUUCCCGUUCUACGAAUAGGUUACAUGUCGUCUUAUAUAGCGCCUUUGGCGUUCGUCGUUUCGAUUUCUCUAGGGAAAGAGGCUUUAGAUGAUAUCGCCCGCCGGAGGAGGGAUGCAGAAGCAAAUGCGGAGGAGUAUUCGGUCCUGUUUCUCGACAGACCCACGAAUAGUGGGGCCUCGCCCGUUGAUUCUAACUCCGGUGAUGUUUUAGAAAUGACCAAGAGGUCCCGGGAUCUCAAGGUUGGUGAUGUUUUGAAGGUUCGCAAGAACCAGCGUCUACCUGCAGAUGUUAUCAUUCUGAAAAGUAUCUCCAACGACUCGGUCACUCGCAAAGAUUCUGUAGCAGCGGAGACUUCUGCAGAUCUUAUCGAUUCGACCCAAGGAUCCCCGUCCAACGCAGAGCCUAGUUCGAGUGCUACCCCAGAGCAAGACGCUUCCUCUGCUAGUGAUACAUUUAUAAGAACUGAUCAGUUGGACGGUGAAACUGAUUGGAAAUUACGCCUUCCUUCCGUCUUAUCCCAAAAUCUACCACUCAGCGAAUUGACCAGGCUCAAGGUUUCCGCUAGUGCCCCAGAUCAGAGGGUUAACGAGUUUGUCGGUGCUAUCGAAUUAGGGCGGCCUUCGGGGUACUACGACCCUCACCUUGACAAGUCUCGUACCGGGGAUGUUGAAGAUGAUGACGAUUCCGCCAACUCGGCGCCGUUGACGAUUGACAAUACUGCAUGGGCCAACACUGUCCUCGCGUCGAACACUAUCACAUAUGCCGUCAUCAUUUAUACUGGUUCACAGACCCGCGCCGCUCUCUCGACAUCGCCGUCAAGGUCAAAGGUGGGCCUGUUGGAGUACGAAAUCAACAACCUUACCAAAAUUUUAUGUGCUUUGACCCUUACCUUGUCGGUUAUCCUAGUGGCAUUGGAAGGGUUUCAACCGACUAACGAUAAGGUGUGGUAUGUUGCAAUUAUGAUAUAUCUCAUCCUGUUCUCUACAAUCAUUCCUAUGAGCCUGCGUGUCAAUUUGGAUAUGGCAAAAUCUGUAUAUGGUCGCUUCAUCGAGCGGGACCAGGAUAUUCCUGGUACUGUGGUUCGGACAAGUACAAUUCCUGAGGAUCUUGGCAGAAUUGAAUACCUUCUUUCUGACAAGACAGGAACUCUAACUCAGAACGAAAUGGAAUUGAAAAAGAUUCAUGUUGGAACUGUUUCGUACGCCAAUGACGCCAUGGAAGAAGUGGCAUCAUAUAUUCGACAGAGUUUUGCUGGUACCUCACUGACAACACCGUCCGCCGUUUUUGGAGCUCAGUCAGGCCUUGCAACAGCGCCUCGUACACGACGAGAGAUUGGUUCACGUGUUAGGGACAUAAUCUUAGCUCUUGCACUUUGCCACAACGUCACUCCGACAACAGAUGAAGAAGAUGGUCAGAAGGUAACAAGCUACCAAGCUUCAUCGCCGGACGAAAUUGCCAUUGUUCGAUACACUGAAGAUGUCGGAUUGAAACUGUCGUAUCGCGAUCGACAAUCCAUUGUUCUUGAAUCUACCGACACAGGGAAUGUGGUCGUACGUGUUCGCAUCCUCGAUAUCUUUCCAUUCACAUCGGAUAGCAAACGUAUGGGCAUCAUUGUUCAGUUUGAACCUGGCGAAGAUAUGCUAGACUCAUCGAAGGACGACAAUGAAAUUUGGUUCUACCAAAAGGGUGCAGACACCGUUAUGUCUUCAAUCGUUGCGGCGAAUGACUGGCUCGAUGAGGAGACUGCUAACAUGGCUCGUGAGGGCCUGCGUACCCUGGUUGUGGGCAGAAAACGCCUUUCCCAGCAGCAAUACCAGCAGUUCACUGCUAAGUAUAAGCAGGCAUCGCUUUCUCUUCAAGGACGAGAUGUGGGCAUGGCCAAGGUUGUCAGCGAAUAUCUUGAGCGUGACUUGGAAUUACUCGGAGUGACUGGUGUUGAAGAUCGCCUUCAGAGGGAUGUCAAGCCAUCACUUGAACUUCUCCGCAACGCUGGGGUAAAGAUUUGGAUGUUGACUGGAGACAAGGUCGAGACAGCCCGGUGUGUGGCCAUUUCCGCAAAAUUGGUUGCGAGAGGCCAGUAUAUCCAUACAGUGGCCAAAGUCAACGACAAGUCCAGCGCCCAAGAGGCUCUAGAUUUUCUGCGCAACAAAACCGACUGCUGUCUGCUCAUUGAUGGCGAGUCACUCUCGUUGAUGCUCGGCCAGUUCCGGUCAUCAUUCAUCUCAGUCGCCGUCCUUCUGCCUGCCGUUAUUGCCUGCCGAUGCUCCCCAACACAGAAAGCCGAGGUCGCAGAUCUGAUUCGUCAAUACACCAAGAAACGAGUCUGUUGCAUUGGUGAUGGUGGUAAUGAUGUGUCCAUGAUCCAGGCAGCAGAUGUUGGAAUUGGUAUCGUGGGCAAGGAAGGUCGACAGGCCUCAUUGGCAGCCGAUUUCAGUAUCACCCAGUUCCACCAUCUCACCAAGCUACUCGUCUGGCACGGCCGUAAUUCAUACAAGAGAUCCGCCAAACUGGCACAGUUCAUCAUGCACCGUGGACUUAUCAUCAGUGCCUGUCAGACCAUGUACAGCAUUGCCAGCCACUUCGACCCCAAGGGUCUCUUCAUCAACUGGCUCAUGGUCGGCUACGCCACGGUCUACACCAACGCCCCAGUCUUCUCGCUCGUCUUCGACCGCGAUGUCGACGAACACCUCGCCAACCUCUACCCCGAACUAUACAAGGAGCUGAAAUCCGGCCGCAGCCUAAGCUACCGGUCAUUUUUCAUCUGGGUCCUCAUCUCAGUCUACCAAGGUGCCGUCAUUCAAGGCCUUUCGCAGAUCCUUCUAGAUACCAUCACAGGACCCCAACUCAUCAGUGUCUCCUUCACCUCUCUCGUCCUCAACGAACUUCUCAUGGUCGCCAUCGCCAUCACCACCUGGCACCCCAUCAUGAUCUUCUGUCUCGUCGGCACGGCUCUCCUCUACGCCGCCAGCGUCCCUUUCCUGGCUAGUUACUUCGAUCUAUCAUACGUCAUCACCAUUGACUGGUUGUGGCGUGUGGCCGCUGUCUGUGCCGUCUCCGUUAUACCCGUUUGGGCUGGGAAAUUGAUCAACCAGUCCUGGAACCCACCUAGCUACCGCAAGGUUCGAGGCUGAUCUUAUUUCACCCUUUCCCCUCAUCUCUUUCUCCCCCUAUGUA